AUGGAUAAGGGCGACGAAACUUCUCUCCCAGAUCAUUCUGAGUCUUCUCUCCCGUCAAGAGAUCGCUCUGAUGCUGUUUCUUCAUCUGGAACAGCCGCUUCGUCGAAUGGCGGUAGUCUGGACACUAGUCAUUCCGACCAAAAGAACAAGAAAGAUACCAAGAAGAAUGCCUUGAGGAAUACAGCUUCCACUUCAAUUUACGAUGACGGGUUUACCCCCCAAAGCUAUCGCACACUGCGUCGCUCUCGACUCACCCGCAGAGCCAGCAUCCACCGCCAAAUUUCCCAGGGGAGAGCAAACCCGGCCGAAGUCUGGUGUAACGACAAAAACUGUGAGGAGGAAUUGCGAGUCUUUUCUAACCCCUAUUUGUAUCUUGUCGACAAUGAGGAAAGCAGUGAGGAAUUGCCUGCCGCAGUUUACUUCCAAGACUUUGCUGAUGCAAUGGUCGACAAACUCUUCGAUAUCCAGGACGUUGCAGCCAGGAAACACAAAUCCAGAGAUCUCUUGUCUUUCGUAGACUCUCCACCUGUGCGAGCUGCGGUUUGGAAAUUCAUGGGAAACUACGAAAGCCGAGAAUAUAAACUCUCCGACAAGGACUUUGGGAAAGCUCUUGUAAAAGCUCGACCAGUUUUCCUCAACCUCAUGUUUGGCGUCAAGACGCCGGAAAACGUACGGCUAGUCCACACCUACAUCAGUCCCGACGAAGACAUCCACGAAACCUGGGAUCUUCAGCAAUUUAUUCUGCGCUUUCUCGUGUGCUGCGAGGUCUGGCGCCAGCAAAAGACGCCUCGCUCAGAGAACUGGAAGAUUGGUUCCCGCGAAGGAGUGGGACAAUUCAUGGCAGCAAUGCUAUUCAAUUACAAGUUGAUGUGGGAUCAGGAGUGUUUCGAUUACGACAUGCUGCACACGACCCAUGUUUGGGAUCGGGUAUGGGAGAUGUGGCUUCGCAAGUAUCCCCUGGAGAGCGCAGACGAAGUUGUGGAUGGCGAAGUCUUUCAGAUGCGGGUUCAUCUAGACAAGACAGAGCAGGAGGUUCUCGAUGAGGUAGGAUAUCUAGGAGGAAUAGGGCAAAAUGAUGAGACUUACAACCCUGUUCAGUGGUAUCUAGGGAAUGGAGAGCGUUUGGUCAUGAGCACCUUAUAG